AUGUCGACCAACGAAGAGAGAUCAGCUAUUGCUCGCAAGCGUGGGAACGACUUGGUUCGCAAGGGUCUCUUUACCGAAGCUACCAAGGCCUACUUUGAAUCACUGAAAUUGACACCCGAUGACCACACACCGCUCGCAAACCUAGCUGCAAUGAAAUUCGAGCUUGGAAAUUACCCGGGAUCGGUCACCUACACCCAGAAAGCGCUGCGUCUCUUCGACCAUGAAGAUGAUGGCAGCCCGAAAAAGCAGAAGCUGCUUCUGCGAUUAGCAAAGUCCCACGUGCUGUCGCUUCAGCGAAAGGAGACUCAAGACGUCGUCGGCAUGCUAGCACCCGGUGCGGAGCGGGACUCCCUCGAGGAGUCUUUCUCUAUCACCGUGGCACAGCACGCCAAACCCUCACUUCAACAGAAGUCUUUGAACGACUUCCGAGAUACAGGCCUUUUCUAUGAACCCGAGUACUAUCCCGUUGGCCACGACACAGCCUUCCCUCAAUACGAAAAUCGCGUCAUGAAUAUACCUGAUGAGAGGCUAUCAUGGCUUUUCGCCGGGAUCGGAGAUGCUCGCCACUCAAUCCCGUUCUUGCACUUUACACUCCUCGAUCUGAAGCCCGCGGCCCUUGCCAGAGACCUACUCUUCUUUGAGCUACUCUCCGACCCCACGGCUCAGGAUACCAACAGCGAAACCAUGGCCUGUGUCAUCUACGUCUACUCCUCUCAGAUCAUGCCGCAAUUUGCGUAUGACAGGAUGUAG